AUGAAAACAUAAUUUACUCACAUACCUAUCCUUCACAAGGAUAAGGAAAUCAAUGAUAAUGCUCAGACACUUAUGCUACGCAAUAAGAAUAUCAGUAUUUGGCCUAAUGAUGUCCCUUACAAAUUGCUUAAUCUCGAUCUAAGUGGGAAUCGAUUUUCAACCAUCCCUCAUCAAAUCAAUUUAAUAUGUCACCUCCAAAAACUUGUAUUGAGAGACAACAACAUUGACACUCUCGAAACAUCCGUAAAUCUGCCCUAACUCUUCUAUUUAGAUCUCAGUUAUAAUUACAUAAGUAAUCUUCAUUUGACUAUUAAGGAAAGGUAUCUUCCAGUCUCACUACAUUGAAUUCCUUGAAUCACUUGAAUCUAAACUCCAAUUUGAUUGAUGAGAUCCCUCGCCAACUCUUUGACUUAUAAUUGUACUUCCUGGGCAUUGCCAAGAAUUCUUUUGUCAUGAUCCCAUAAGAGAUUUGUAAGGUCCUUAAAAAGUUAGAACAAUUCGAAUUGGAUUGGUUGGAUUACUGUCAUUUGUCAUACUUUAUGGACGAAUAAUCAUGUGAUAAAUUACUGACUGUUUUUGCUGAAGAUUGCACAUUCUAAUAAUUUUAAGAAUUCUUCAUUAAACCCUAAUUCUCAUACAAUUUAGAAAAGCUAUUUACCCAUCACUCAUUGGGAAUACUGAGAUUGACUUUUGAAUUUCAAUAAGAAAUUUCUAUGAAGAGUUUGUUCUAUGUAGUGUCCUAACCUGGAACUAAAGAGAACAUUAAAUUUAUAAAUAAUCUCCUAGAUCUCCUAAAUUAGUACGAUCCAGAAUUAUUAAAUGUUAUAUACAUUCUAAGUAUAAGAACUAAUUCAACUUAUAUUACAUAAAAACUUUAAAACUAUCCAAUUAAUUUGCAUUACCCAAUUAAAUUCGAUCUAAUUUGCAAUCAAAAGAUUCUCAUUCUAAAGAAUCAAACUCCAUACUCUACAAUCUUGCAAUACAGUAGCAAUAUCGAUGCCAUAUUGGAAUCCUGGGUUCUAAAAGGCUUUGAUCCAUAAAUUAAGUACCAAGGAGAGAAUUGUUUACAUGUAGCUGUCAAAUAAAAUACCGAUGAAGGUGUUAAAUGGGCAAUACAGCAUUGUAAUGUCGAUUAAAGGGAGAGCCUUCAUAAGAAUUCCCCUCUGCAUAUUACCUUUCAGAAACAACAAUCUGUGGGUAUAUUUUAUCAAUUGGAAAAUUGUAGACCUAAUCCUUUUAUAGUCAACCGCUAUAACAAAACUCCACGUUUCUAUUAGACCUCGAUGAUUUAGUUAAGAUUUGUAAAGUUGUUUUUAAAAUAUGAACAAUGCUAUUUAAAAUUUCAUUUUUUGACAUACAACUCCAACAAAUUGCAUGGGAUGAUCACCUCUGGAAGUAGAUCUAAUGCUAGAUAAGAUAUUGAAUUUUCAGCUAUUAAUACUACUGACAUGAGUAUAUUAAAUGGAGAAUAAUUACAAGAAUAAUUAUUGAGUGAGAUUUUAAAGAUAUUGAGAUCAUCAAAAUACCUUCCUUCAAUUAUAGAGAAGAUGAAUCUACUAAUAAAUAGUUUCUUGGAUUUAUAAGCAAGGAUGUGCUUGUAAUUCAUAUUGUAACUUUUAAUUUGUAAAGCCAAGUAUGGAUGGAUGUAUAAAUCUGCAAUAUUGCCUCAGAUAAUCACUGAAAUCAAUUUAUUAUUCAAACAUAAAUUCUAUUUAGAAAAAAGAAUAUUCUGUGCUCAAGAUUUUAAGUUAAUAAUUGAAAACAGAAAAUUAAUAGUUAACCAGGUCAAAUUAGAAUAAUAGAAACCUGAAUAAAAUCAUCUGAAUAAUCUAUCUCAAAGACUUAAGUCCAAUAUCUCCAAUAUAAUUGAUCCUUAAAUUUAAGCAAGAUUUCACCAGUAAUAUAUUUUCAAUUACAUCAAUAUUGUUUAUCUAGGCUAAAAUAUAAAGAAGCAUAGAUAAAAUGACAUCAACAUCUUGAACCAGUACGAAAAUUUACAGUUCAACGACAAGUUUUUUGAAGAGCAAAUAGACAUCCCAGAAAGUCCAAGAACUGCUCUUCUAGAUUAAAUGAAGUAUGCUCCAGUGGUGAAUGCGAAAUUCAAAGAUUUCUCAAUCUGA